CCAAAACACACAUAUCCGCCCAUCAACCACUCAUCAAUCACCACUCACCCACACACUUCUUCUUCUUCCCUGAAUAUGCUGCCGUCGGUUUCUAUCUUCGCCGGCCGGCCACUUCCGAUCAUACUUUCCACCACACCACCAACCGCCGCCAGUCCUCGCCGCUUCUCCACCUCAAUCGCCUCCCUCGCCUCUCCACCACCACCAUCACCUCAACCAAAGUCAAAGUCAACUCCAUCAACUGCCGAUAACACCUUCAAUUACGCCAUUUCAAACCCUAACGGAACCAAUCCUGCGUUACAGAUUGUCAAAUCCACCGAGUCUGAAAUUGAAAAGGUGAUAUUUGAUUUUCGGUUUUUGGCACUUUUGGCUGUUGGAGGUUCAUUAGCUGGCUCCUUGUUGUGCUUUUUAAAUGGCUGUGUUUAUAUUGUCGAUGCAUAUAAAGUCUACUGGACGAACUGUUCAAAAGGUGUUCAUACCGGAAAGAUGGUACUCAGAUUAGUCGAAGCGAUUGAUGUUUAUCUUGCUGGGACUGUCAUGCUGAUAUUUGCAAUGGGGUUAUACGGGUUAUUCAUCAGUAACUCCGCUGAUAAUGUUGCCCCAGCCGAUGAUCGCGCUCUUAAAGGCUCUACCUUGUUUGGGAUGUUUGCUAUGAGAGAGAGGCCUAAAUGGAUGAAGAUCAGCUCACUUGAUGAACUGAAAACAAAAGUUGGACAUGUAAUUGUGAUGAUUCUUCUGGUGAAGAUGUUUGAGAGGAGUAAAAUGGUGACCAUAGCAACUGGUUUGGAUCUGUUAAGCUAUUCAGUAUGUAUAUUCCUAUCUUCUGCUUCAUUGUAUAUUCUUCACAAUCUUCAUAAAGAUGAUCAUUAAAUUAUUAACUUCAUGUGGAAGAAGAUAUGUAAAUACAACGAUACGGUAACUGCUAUUUGAGGUAUUGGUUCUUAACU